AUCGAGCGAAGGAAAUCAAGACGCACGUGGUGCAGAAUGUUGGCACGGUGGAGAGCCACAUUUCGGACUACCAGCGCAUCAUUGACAAUCUUCAGGCCGAGGUCCAAAACUUGCGGUCCCAGCUGCACGAGCGCAGCUCAUUCCAGGGUGCCCAGCCUGCUCCUGGCGAGGCCGACCAGAUAGCUUGGAUCGACGCCCUCGCCACAGAGAUCAACGAAAACGUGGAAGAGAGGGUGAACCUGCAGAAGGCCCUAUUCGAGUUGGAGGACCUGAAUGUAUGCAACAAAUUUGAGCUGAAGAACGUGGAAGACCACCUAUCGGCGGGCUGCCUUUCCAAGGAAGACCAGCGCGAGGCACGGGAGAGGCGGCAAAACAUCUUGGAGAGCAUACGGGAGAACGAGGAGGCUGGCCUGCGCUACCGCGCGGACAUCCAAGCCAACGAAGAGGCGCGGCGAUGUAUUCAGAAGCGAAUCGACGAGAGGAUGGACCAGCACGGCAACGCGUCCUUCCUGAAAAUUUUGAGCUCCUUUCGCCUGCAGGCCGUGCGGCUGCAGGAACUGCAAUUCCAGAUGGCCAUCCGCGACCAGAUCAUAUCGGAGCAGAGGAGCGUCAUCUCCCACCUCUGGCGCGUCCUGGAAGCUUCCGGCCUCGACAAGGAGAGCGUCCUAGAGAUCGCCUACGAGCAGGGCAUCCUCAUGGAGGGCUUCAUGCCCGAGGGCGAGGGCCCGCCCACGGUGGGGGCGUCGCACCUCGUGGGGAUGAUAGCGUCCGAGAAGGAGGGGGCGCCGUACCUGGGGCGCGUGGGGAAGGAGCUGGCCAACAAGCAGUCCAUAGAGGGCGAGAGGGCCAAGUACAGGUACAGCUUUUGGUCCAAGUACAACCCCUCCGAAAACGCAGACUCCGUCCGUGAAACGUCGUCAGAGACGUCCGAAGCGCCGUAUCAGAGAUCGCGCGCCCAAAUGGAACAGCUCCGGCGCGCGCGAAGUGCCACAAGAGACGACAAUUCAAUUGGUGUUGGGCCCGCAUCCAAAGGGGCAAUGCCCAACCGAGGGUCUGCCCGUGACCAGCAAAGUCCAACGCGAGCUCGCUGUCGAUGCAGCCCCAGAUGUCCGCCGUCACGCGCCGCAGUUUGGGCCCCAAGGACCACCCUCAACGUCUGGGCCUGA